AUGCAGCGCCAGAAGUCAAUACUGUCUUUCCUCAAGAAGCCCGAACCCUCCAGCGCCGGCAAACCCAUUGCUCUCGACUCGUCCGAUGAAGAAAUCAAAGGAAUCGACACUCCAUCGGAGAAGGUACCUCGUCGGGUAUUUCCCGACAGCCGCCCUUCGGUCUUCUCCAGCAUCAAACACAAGUUUACAAAAAUGGACACCUUCGAGAGUUCCUCAUCUGACUCCAGGUCCAGCAUGAAAGAUACUCUUGGUUCAGGGCUGCUAUCAAUGAAAUUUGAUGGAUCAGAAGAUUUUGGCAACCAGUGUUCACUCCCCAAGCAAUUGAGUGAGCAAAAUGCUGAUUGGGACAAAGACUGUACACUAGAAACUGCUGUCCAGGACGAUAUUCUUGGGCCAGAUACACCAGGCAUGCGACCUCUUGUUCCUAGGUUGAAGAGAGUCCAGGAAGAGCAUGUAGAUUUGGAGGACAAAGCUAGUUUUUCUUUACCUGAUCAUAAGAAAAGAGCCAAGCUUCAGAAGGCUCCCGAGAUUUUAAAGGAAAACCAAGAGGACUCUGAAACUAUUAGCAAGUUUGAAUGGCUCCGUCCAUCUCGAAUCAAAGAUGUCAACGGAAGAAAACCAGGAGACCCUCUUUAUGAUAAAAGGACGUUAUACAUCCCUCCGGAUGCUUUGAGAAAAAUGUCAGCAUCCCAAAGGCAGUAUUGGGAUGUUAAACGUCAGUAUAUGGACGUGAUUCUCUUUUUUAAAGUGGGAAAGUUUUAUGAACUCUAUGAACUAGAUGCUGAAAUUGGUCACAAGGAACUUGACUGGAGGAUAACACUAAGUGGUGUGGGGAAGUGUCGUCAGGUUGGUGUAUCUGAGAGUGGGAUUGAUGAUGCUGUUCAGAAGUUGAUCGCUCGUGGGUACAAGGUUGGUCGUAUAGAACAAUUGGAGACAUCAGAACAAGCAAAAUCCAGGGGCUCUUCAUCUGUCAUUCAAAGAAAGCUGAUUCACGUACUCACACCUGCUACCACAUUAGAGGGAAAUAUUGGGCCUGAUGCUGUUCAUCUUCUUGCCAUAAAAGAGGGUGGUAUACUGGGAAAUGGUUCAAAUGCAUUUGGGUUUGCAUUUGUGGAUUGUGCUGCUUUGAAGUUUUGGGUUGGUUCUAUCAGCGAUGAUGCUUCAUGUGCGGCGUUGGAGGCUUUGCUAAUGCAAGUAUGUGAAAUCUUCUUUUUCUUUUUUUCUUUUUUUUUUUUGCUACCAGAUCUGGAAAGAUUGCUAGGACGUGUUAAGUCUAGCUUUCAGUCUUCUUCCGUGCUAUUGUUGCCUUCAAUUGGCAACAAAAUAUUGAAACAGCGAGUAAAAGUGUUUGGGUCACUAGUGAGAGGUCUGCGAUACGGAAUACAAAUGCUUGUGGAAUUGCAAAAGCAUGAAAUCAUGACCUCUUUACUGUCAAAAGUUAUAUCCCUUCCUAUGCUUAGUGGUAACGAGGGGCUUGAUAUAUCCCUACGACAAUUUGAAGCAGCAGUAGAUAGCGAAUUCCCAGAUCACCAGGACCACAAUCUUACAGACUCGGAGGCUGAAACAUUUUCAAUCUUGAUGGAGUUGUUUGUUGAGAAGGCGACUCAGUGGUCUCAAAUGAUACAUGCAAUAAGCUGUGUUGAUGUACUUAGAUCCUUUGCUAUUUCUUCAAAUUUUGCUCAUGGGUCGAUGUCCAGACCUGUAAUUAUACCUCAUCCUAAAUCUGGACACCCAAUCAAUGAGUCGGUCUGCCCAAUGCUCCAUAUGAAAGGGGUCUGGCAUCCUUAUGCCCUUGGUGAGAGUGGCGUAUUGCCUGUGCCAAAUGACAUCUUUCUUGGAGGAGAAGGAAGUAGUCAUAUUCCUGGUGCAUUACUGUUGACAGGGCCAAAUAUGGGUGGGAAGUCCACCCUUUUACGCGCAACUUGUCUAGCUGUAGUCCUGGCUCAGCUAGGCUGUUAUGUGCCUUGCGAAAAGUGCACUCUGUCAACCGUGGACAUCAUAUUUACUCGGCUGGGUGCAACGGAUCGGAUCAUGACUGGGGAGAGUACAUUUUUGAUUGAAUGCAAAGAGACGGCAUCAGUUCUGCAAAAUGCUACGCAGAGUUCACUCGUUCUGCUCGAUGAAUUGGGUCGCGGGACAAGUACUUUCGAUGGAUAUGCUAUAGCAUAUGCUGUAAGAUGA